CCGUGAUCAAGAAUUAACCGAGCGCCAGGUUUCACUUCCAAUGCUAAGACAACCCACGGACAGUUUACAGGCGGGGAACACAACCACCGUUAUCAUCGAUUUUCUAACAUGUUUCUUAUUUUAAUACAUAGAGACAUUUGUAUCUAAUUACAAGGUUAACGUGGCCAUUUGGGUUCUGGUAGUACCGUUAUUUGUGAUCAGUUGUGAGAAAAAGACACUUGCAGAGUGCCGAAGUUUGACCAGUGUUUUGCGAGGAACCGUUAUCUUGCUGUAUUAACCAUCACUUGCUCUGGAUUUUACGGGUCUUUAAGCGGCGUGUCGAUAGCUUGUCAAAUGGAAUUCUGUGAUUACUGAAAACUGGAGACUUUCUUUCUUAUUAGAGCUUGGCUCAAAGAUUUCCAGUCAUCAUGUCUCGAGCUCAGAUGUCCCUCCUCCCUCUCGUGCUCAUCGGUCUCUGGGCAGGUGUCGCAACUUCAAUAACUAUCUUAGAAGGUCCAACCAGUACUGUUAGUAACCUAGGAACCUACGCCAGGCUGACCUGUCGAGUGGCAGACCAAGGAAGCGAGUCCGUCCGAUGGUUCCGGAUUGACACAAAUGUCAUCCUCAGUACCGACGGUAAGAUCAUCAAACGUGCCCUCAGGAGGCGUCUGAGGAUCGAAGGCAACGUAGCAUUAGGGGAAUACCAUCUGGUCUUUCGGCAGGUGACCAGGGCCGACAAUGGUACAUACGCGUGCGGUGUGCUUUCAACUCUAACCAAGCAACCGGUCAUGUCGACUCCGGUGUCUUUGGUCGUUGUUGAACCACCAACAUGUGGCGUUUCGUCUUCAGAGCCGCCGGCACCAGGCGUGACUGUUACACUCUCUUGCGUUUCACAUAAUCAGGGUCUCGAUGUGAGCCUAUCGUGGCACAGACCUGCGCAACCAGAACAAGUAAUCUUUGGCUCAACAAACAUCAAUCAGACAGGAAACACUCGCUAUAGCCAAUUGAAUAUCACGCUCCGACCGACCGACUUUGGUGAAAGUUACAUGUGCAAAGAAGCAUCGGUAGGAGAGCCUAGUUUCCGCAAGGGGUGUACCGUUACCCCUCUCGAUUCGAAUGUUCCUGUGAUUCUUUUUCCGAAGAAGAUGCAGGCAGUGCAAGGUCAGGAUGCUUCAUUCAGAUGCAUCAUAGCAAGUAAAAACCCCUUGAAAUAUGAAUGGUAUAUCAAUGGCAUCAGGGAUUACAAUGCGAGAAAGGAUAAGUAUCUCUUCUCCCCUGUCACUUUGGCUCAUAACAACACCGUGGUUGAAUGCAGGACGCGUGAUGACAUCGCGGAAAUGACCGGAAAUGCUAGCUCCAUUCUGCAAGUUUACCCCAAGAACACUUUGUCCGUGACCACAGCGGCGGUAGUUGAAGAAUCGCAAGAUUCAUCUAGCGUGCCAGUGGGCACUCAAAUGAUCAACGUAGAUCAAGGAUUGACAAGGCAACCUAACACAGAUACACUGACAAGCGUUCCGCAAACAACCACAUCAAACUCUCAUGGUGUGCCGCCUUCAGGGCCUGUAAAACCGACUAUUGCACAAAACCAAACGGUUACGAAUCAACCAGCAGAAACUACAACCCUUAAGAAUGAAAUCUCUCGAUCUUCAAUUGCUCCGGCUAAUGUGGCUGUUGAUAGUAAUGACCUUCCAUCGGGCAUUGGAAGCACUGGUGUCAACAAGUGGUCUAACAUGAUGGUUCCAGUAGUAGCCAUCGGAUCGGUCAUUGCUGUCCUGCUUGUUUGCGUCAUCGCCGUUCUCUUGCUCUUUCUUGUUCGACAAAAUCGCGUCGCUCAUGGCAGUACGACGGACAAAGACGACUCCCGCAGAGGCGACAUUCCAAUGGAUGACCUUCGACAUCCCGGCUCGGAUGUGUCACCUGCCAACAGAACACUGAAUAGCGAGAGCACCGAGAUGGAAUGUGACGACGAAGAGUGUUUAGGACCUAAAUAUUUUACCUUAGAACCUGGAAAACGAAAAGUACGUCGUCUUGAGCGCACCUGCAGUCAUAUGAUCAUGAACGACUCUAGUUCAGAAUACAAUGUCCUGCGCAGGGAUGCAAGCUUGAGGACACCAGCUGGAGUUCAAAUGAAUGACUAUGUGCGACCUGAUUCGCAAAUUUCCACAGGUGACGGAGACAUGAGUACUGUCGCAGCGUAUGCUAUUACGGAUGUGACCCUCGGAAGUGGGACGUCGUCUCUGAGAAGGAGCAAGAGCUGUCUAAGGCCUUUACCCGCUGCACCCAUCGAAGCGAUCAUGAACAGAAGCCAUUACAGCAUUCCAAGAGACUCGUUUACGAAGGGAUCUAGCGCAACCGAGAGUAGCGGAGACAGUGUAACGAUGUCAGGUAUACGGCGUGUCAUGUCAGAUACGAUGCCUUAUGGUGGGUACAGGAGAUCCCAGGUGACUGCAGCCUUCUCACCUGCUGGUGAUGAAUACGCCGAGAUUGAUUCUCCGCCGAGAGCAGCUUCACCAACGAGUUCCGACUGCUCCCGACCGAACUAUCAACAUACCUUGCAUGAGACUGGCAACCAAGGCAUGAAAGACUUCGCCCUGUCUCUCGCCAGUAGCUACGAGAGCGGGUACGAUGCCGCAAGCAGUGACGAUGUCAUGGAUUGCGACAUGUCGUCGCCGUACGCGACCAUAGACGUCCUUGAACAGAAGGAUCAAACGUCUUUACCCGAGCAGACUCUAGCGGAAACAAAGUCGAACAACGAGACAGAAGCGCCAAAGAAGAUUCCAGUUUAUGCAAAAAUUAAAAGAACACGCGGAACGCAGGUAGUAGACAAAAACAUUGAUGAUGACAAUGAUGUUCUGAGUGAGGUUGCUUGCUAGAAUAUUUUCCAUGUCAGUGACUAAAACUGUGAUGUCGCAUAUAGAACUAUACGGUAAAUAACAGACGAUGAUCGGUACGGGACGAUGAUUAAGAUCGUCAAAGACUGUCCAUUAGCGGAAUCCAUGAAUCAUCUGAUAUUUUCAUAUCGUAUAUAAAUGGACGAGUUUCUGAAAAUGACGACGGAGCUUACAUUUUAACAUGGUACUUUAUGUAGUUAUUUUAUUGUAUAUUUUGAAAAUGUUUACAUGUACAUUAGAAGGACCUAUGUGACGACCGAGUGCGAAGUCAUAAUGCCUGUCGCAAAGAAUGGGACGUCAUUUUUUGGGACGUAGGACUGUGUCAGUGAUUGGCAAGGCCUUUGGCGCGCCAUGUGAAGUAAAUACUGUACAAAAAAAAAAGAGUGCAACAUGGACUGAAUGUUUUUGUUUUUUCCAGCAGUGAAAAAUUUGUCUUAGGGCGUCCUAACAUGCAAUAUCUUUUUUUAAUAAAUAGAAGUUGGAAAGAAAUUGAAGGUCUCUCACUCUCUAGUAAUGAAUGCUUUUUAUAUGGUUUUAUGUUUGAUGUAAACUCGCAAUUUUUAGUCUUUGGACUAUUAAUUUGACGAGAUUGAAUGAAACCUAAUUUGAAUUAAAUUAAAUAGUAUCCCGGAUGUGAGGAUCUUAUCCUAGUUGAUUCUGUGAAUCUAUCAAUGGGCUUUCAUUAUCUUAUCGCAGUUAUCAUUUUGUAAGUAGAAUAGGGCCUACGUUUGCUCAUGCCAGUGUAUUAAAAUAAGAUCGCGUGUUAGUUAACCUGGAUAUUGCAUUACAUAAUACAUGUAAUCGGUGUGGGCGUGGCUCGCUAUCUUUUAAAUGACAGGAACAUCAGCGUGACAUUGCAGAGCGGCGGCGUAUCCAGAGAAAAGUGAGUCAAUAUGGGGGAGGAAUCACUUCCGGUGGGGCCAUCGGGUAGGGGGAGGAGGGGUGGAAUUUAGCUGUCGAAUGCAGCUCGAGAGAUAGACAAUCGUAGACCUUCUGCGAGUUUGAUAAGUUCGCUUCAUUUUCUUCUUUAAAUCAAAUCAUAAUCAUGAUUCUGAUGAUAGGUUCCAAGAAUUAUUAAUCUUAAAGGACAUCGUAAUUUUGAAUCCGGGAUUCACAUCAAUACUAGAUACAUUCGGAUCCCUUCACGUUAUACCAAAUAGAAGGUUACGAGUUUGUGAUGACAUUGACAUCAAUGCAUUGAAAUUUACAAUGCAACGGAUUUGAGUUUUCCCCGUGUUAGUAAUUUAAAUUUAAAAGUAACUGCAACUUUAUCAUUAAAUGGCAAUGAGUUUUGUUAAACUCUUUUGAAGUUUCUUAGAAGAUGAAUAAUAUAAAUGCAUAUACACAUAUUUUAAACAACAACUGAAGAUUGUUUCACUAAAGAAAAAAAAAUUGAAACUGAGUACGA